ACUAUUCCAAGAGAAAACCUCUCCAAAACCCCCCAUUUUCUUUCAUUUUAUCUUUGUCCAAGCCCUCCUGAUAUCUGCGAUCAAAAUCGGUAAAAACUCUAUAGACUUCUCAAAUGGCGACUCUUUUAGGGUCUCUGCAAACAAGCUUCCAUCAUCCUUCCGUGUCAUUAUCAUCGAAGGCAGCAGCAACUACCUCUUCUUCAUCAAUCUAUGUCCUCAGCUCCAAAAAUCUACGGUUCCCAUCUUUUUCAUCUCAUAAAACCAGUUUCUUGAACCCAUUAAGCGAUGUCAAGUGUAUUGAAGUUAGACGGGGACGAAGGAGCCCAACUGUUCGGAUGUCAUGGGACGGUCCACUCUCCUCGGUUAAAUUGAUAAUUCAAGGCAAAAACUUGGAGUUGACUGAUACAGUAAAAAACCAUGUGGAAGAUAAGGUGGGUAAGGCAGUUCAAAAGCAUAGUCAUCUUGUUCGGGAAGUUGAUGUUAGAUUGUCUGUUAGAGGUGGAGAAUUGGGAAGAGGCCCAAGGAUUAGAAGAUGUGAGGUGACAUUGUUUACUAAGAAACAUGGAGUGAUUCGAGCAGAGGAAGAUGCCGAGACAAUAUAUGCAAGUAUUGACUUAGCAUCAUCAAUCUUACAAAGAAAGUUGAGAAAGAUUAAGGAGAAGGAGUCUGACCAUGGUCGGCACAUGAAAGGGUUCAACAGAUUGAAAGUGAGGGAGCCAGUGGAAGUAGUAGUGAAGGAUGAUGCAGAUGAAGUGCCCCAAACUGAGGAAGUGGAAUACAUUGAUGAGGUUGUUCGCACAAAAUACUUUGACAUGCCACCUUUGACUGUAUCUGAAGCGAUUGAGCAGCUGGAAAAUGUUGACCACGAUUUCUAUGGUUUCCGGAAUGAAGAAACUGGUGAGAUAAAUAUUGUUUAUAAAAGAAAAGCUGGAGGAUAUGGUCUCAUCAUACCUAAAGGAGAGGGUGGGGCUGAGAAAAUGGAGACUUUGGUGGUUGAACCAGCUAGAGAGCCAUCCUUGACAGAAUAGGCAGACCUAGCAAAGGAAGAUCAUUUUGCAAAUUAGAUCAGACAUGCUGUGUUUAUGGCAAUGAUGUGUAUAAGGCCAAGAAAGGCACUGUAUAGGAUUUGAGGUUAACAAAUACAAACUAAUGACUCCUCAUUAAGCUUGUUUGUAUGGGUGAUCAAUUUUUUGGUGGAUGCACUGUGCUAUCCCAACUUACAGGGACGAGGGAUAUGUUGAUCUCCAUGUUAAACAUAUGCAAAGCUAAUUAGAUUUGUUCCCUUUCACUGUCUU